AUGAGAAAGAAGAGGAAGAAGAAGACGUACACCAAGCCCAAGAAGAUCAAGCACAAGCACAAGAAGGUGAAGCUCGCUGUGCUUCAGUUCUACAAGGUUGAUGGAUCUGGGAAAGUGCAGAGGCUGAGGAAAGAGUGUCCUAACGCUACUUGUGGGGCUGGGACUUUCAUGGCGAGUCAUUUUGAUCGUCAUUACUGUGGUAAGUGUGGACUCACUUACGUUUACCAGAAAGAGGGUGCUGAGGCAUGA